AAAAGAAAAGAGAAUUGUAUUUGGGUACCUUCUACUAGCUAAAGUAGAACCGAGAAUCGAAUUCGGAAUUGUGGGAGACGGAAGAGAGAAUGGAAGCUCUGAGCGCAAAAUCUAAGCUAGCCGCGGUGCUUUGGCUUGAGGGCUUCAGACAGGCCUGUUGCCUUCACCGUGUGCUGAUUCUCUGCCACAGGUCCAGAAAGCUUCUGAUACGCACAGGACAGUGUUUUCUGUUGAAUGGUUUCAUUUUCUUAGGAAGCAUAAUUAUCCUUAACUCGUUCAUCAUCCCAGCUCUAUACUGGAUAUUGCCUGAUAUGUGUCCAGAAUCUAGUUCUCAAGAAUUCUGCUCAUUUGCUGUCAUUUGGGAAUUUUAUUCCUUCUUACGUCAUGGACUCAUACAAAUCUUUUAUGUAACUUGGUUAUACCCAUUAUAUGUAUUCAGCUUUAUCCUGAGCAACAUCUGGUACAAUGAUAUUGCCAAGUAUGGAUUUUCUGCAAUGGGGAGACCUGUGAUUAACAAAUUGGAUCCCGUUAGGCAAAGUGAUGCAUCAACCUUACAAAAUGCAGCUGGCAUGGAAAGACCAACUGACCUAGGACGGGUCAUGAUUGGAAUAGGAGAGCAGGUUUAUUCAGUGCUUCUUUUGAGCUGUUUCUUCUUAGAGGUAUAUGUGACAGGAUUUAUACCAUAUGUGGGCAAGGCAUUUAAUUUUCUGCUUCUUUCCUGGAUGUAUGCCUACUACUGUUUUGAGUACAAAUGGAAUUUUUCUGAAAUCGGUCUAGACAAAAGGCUGGACUUCUUUGAAUCUAACUGGGCAUUUUUUGCUGGUUUUGGAAGCCCAUGCGUUGUACCUCUUUUUUUUUUCUCACCUCUUGUGAGCUAUGGGUGUAUGGCUAUACUCUUUCCGUUGUUUGUUUUGACAGCUACAGGUUCAGAAGCUGAGCAACUUAUUUCUUCUCGAAGAACAAGCUGGGGAGGCGCAUGUUUCGGACGGCUUCAAAUAUUUAAGACUGCAGAUAGUUUGUCGAUGUGGUUGUUGUCGCUAUUUCCCGUACAAUCAAAGAGACGUCUUCAAGAACAGAAAUAUCUGUGAGAAGGUACCUUAAUGCAUGGAUAAUUCUAAAUGUGAUAAAUUCCGUCAAAUCUGUUCAUUAUGUAAGUUGGAUGGUUCAAGAUAACGCAUGGGUUAAAGUUAACAAUUUGUGUGCACAGACAGUAGGUAUGGCCAAAGCUAUGUACAUCAACAAUAUCCUGAGAUACCAAUUUUAGUGGUCAUGUUAAAUUAACAAACUACAGAAAUGUAUGAAAACUACAUUUGAUAACUUACAUUGAUAUAGAACAAUUUGUGGAUAAGUUUGAAGAACAGCUUGUUGUAAGCAAGAAGAAAACAAAGUCAAGGUAGCUGUGUGUCUGUUUCUUUUUAGU